AGAAGUAAUGUGCAGCUGAAUACAUAAUGACCUUGACAGGGACGUCAUACGACGACUCUUCAGAUGAGGACCCGCUACUUUGCCUAGCAGAGGAAGUCGAAAAUGAAAAGGACACGUCGGAGCGCCAGAGGUCUCCCACCACCUGUGAACAACCAAAAGAUGCUCAGCUUCUGGAACUCGAAGCACUGCGUCAACGCCAUCAACGGCUCAGAAGGCUAAAAUUGGAGAAUGAAAAGGCCAGGCUAGAGGCUGAAAUUCGCCAAAUGGAAGAGGAGGGCAGCAAGCCGGAUAUGCAACCUGAGAUAUCAAGGGACUAUAAUCAUAGUAUAUUCGCCAAAACGGAAGCGACUGAUGCGUUAGUCAGGGAAGUCACUACCAAAACCUCGCAGAUUAUCGCCCAAACGUCGCUGAAGAGGAAACUGCCCCCUCCAGAUUUUUAUGGCUCUAAGGGUCUAGAAGCAUCGUUCACAGAAAAGAUGUCAGACAAAAGGAGUUGUUACCUCAAGGAAGCCGCGAUUCAUAAUCGUCCAAAGGCAAAGUCAUUCGGACAGGCGUCCUCAGAUCCAAUGUCACCUCGCCUGCCGUCGCCCAAUAUUCGAAGCAAGGGCAAGCAAGCUACUGUGAGUGAGAAUGCAGUAGAGGGAUACUCGGGUUUACGAUUGAGGGACCGCCAAGUGUCUGUGACUGAUAUGCAAACGCGAAUGCUGGGACGCCGCAUGGUCCCUCUCCAUCGUAUAAUGCAGGAUAUGAGCGGGGACGACAUAGUGGGGGACUGGGUGACAAUUGGUGUGAUUGCCGAGAAAUCUUCGCCUCGUACCAGCCUAAAAGGCGGUAAAUACUGUGUGAUCAAAUUGACCGACCUCGACAAAAGCGUCGUCAACGUGUUUUUGUUCAAAAAGUCAUUCGAGCGUCAUUGGAAGGAGCUGGUUGGAAGUGUUGUGGCACUCUUGAACCCGAAGAUCCUGUUACCCAAUGAGAAGGGGAGACUGGUUGGUUUGAACGUGGACAAUGAAGACAAGUGGAUGAAAAUUGGCAUGUCUCAGGACAUUGGAUUCUGCGAGGCGAUGAAAAAUGAACACGAUAGAUGCGCACGGGUGCUUAAUAUUCGGCAUAGUAAACAUUGUGAAGAACAUGCAGUCGAAUUGUUCAAGAAAGCUCGCUUGAAACGGCAGGAGUUCCUUGCAGGCAAUGCCGUAUUUGCAUUAGGGGACCCAAAAGAUACCUCCAAAAAGCGCCGGAAAUUAGCGGCGACCGAUACAUAUUUGUUUCCUGGCGGACAGGCUUUGUCCACUGGCGAGUCGGGCCUGCAAGUGCUGCAAGCAUGUAAACCAGGACGGAAGCUGAAGCCUGAAGAGGAGAAAGAGCUAGCGGGUAUGUUAGACACACACACUCCAGGUGCUCGGUACCUCCGAAUAGCCAGGCACCUUUUGAAGGGCUCAAAAGAUCCACCUCCAGAUCGAAAAAAGUCAGAACCAAAAACCGUAUUCACACCUGAGGCAAUGAGUCGAAUGGGAUUUGAUCCUGUCACGGGACGAGAUUUUAUAGCAGCAGCGCCGUCACAUAAUAAGCUCGUUCCGGUGAUGGCGGAUGCACAGGUUACGAUAUCUAAACCGAGUAAUGAUGGUAUGAUAGAGUUGGAGUUGAGCAGUGACGAAGAUUAGAGAGAUAUGUACGUCUCUUUUUCGAUAUGCAAUCUUGUACAUAGGGUCAUCUUAGGAAUACGAUAGUUUAUUAUAUUUUAUCUUUUAACGAGA